AUGCUGGAGCCGUUGGAGGUGGCUGAUGAUAUCAAGCCAAGCACGUGGAACACCUAUGCUAUGAUGGAUGAGUAUGGCUGGGCUAUCCGCAAUCCAGUCACAGGUCAAAGGCAGCACGACUGGGCACUAGCGGACCUUGACUCCGUGGGUGGGGCUAUGGAAGCACUUGUUGCCAACAAGGGCACAGAAUCCGCGCAACCAAAACCGAUCGUGCAGGUCCCGUGGUUUCAGGGCUCAAAUAGUCAUCGCAAUAAAGACCUGAGCGAAUUUAGAGUUGGAGAGCAUACAUGUCAGAAGACUGGAGCGGAGUACCAGAUGAUGUAUGGUCCGGCGUACGGUCUGAUUCGUGCCGAGGGCAUUUACUCUCCAACCUUCAUGGCCAGGAAGAUCGGCAUCUCAAAAGACAAAGUAGCUCCCUCGCCACACUGGUCCGAAGUUGCAUGGCUCACCUACAGUACCCUAUGCAAAGAGCAAGGCCUGGACUCGCAGCAUGUGAGACAUAUCUUAUUCACCGAGAUGCAAGAUCUGGAGCCGAGAUCCACCGGUGCGUUACUCCGUAACCUCAAGGUCAGAAGUCGGGACGAGAGUUGGCCAGUGGACUUCUCUGUAGCAGCAGAACUCAAGCCAGGCUCGAUGGUCUUCAAUGUCGUGCUCGGAUCGUCCAGUGGAGUGGAUGUGGCAUGUUUUCUGUUAGAGCAUAAGAAAGGACUUGGGCAGACUAGACACCUGGCGUCAAUUAAGAUCUGGCAACCGGGACGGACUUCGGAGCCGUUUUCUUCGUUGAGACUGAGACCCAGCAAUCAGCUCUUUGAAGGUCAGAAGGAUAUUCGAGGGUCAGGAUUUGCGAGUAACAUAUGA